AUGCAUUCUGAUAGAGGUUGGAUGUAUGCAAGACUAAAAGAUGGUCUACUAAAUCCUUUAUUCCUUGAAGGAUUAAAUGAAUUCAUAGCAGCUGCCAAACAGUUUCCAGACUGUUUGAAUGGAGAAUUAAUUAGGUGUCCAUGUAAUCGAUUUAAGUGCCAAAAUCGAAGUUUUGAAGAUGAGAGUACAGUUAGGUUUCAUCUCAUGAAAUAUGGGUUUGUUAGAGACUAUUAUGUAUGGUAUUUGCAUGGCGAAAUUCAAAACUACAAUGUGGUCCAUGGGAGAAGUAAUGAUUCGACUGACAACACUUACAAUGUGGAAUAUCAACAUGGUGAAUUCUCUAAUGCUUAUGAACAACUAGUUGUAGAUGCAGCAGGACCUAGUUUCUCCCCAUCAAUUAGUAAUGAGCCUCCAAAUCAAUCUACUCAGAGAUUGUAUGACAUGUUGGCUGCUGUUAAUCAGGAAUUGUGGCCAGGUUGUGAAAAUCAUUCACAAUUGUCAGCUAUGGCAAAGAUAUUGAAUAUCAAAUCUGAACAUCAUUUGUCUGAACGUUGCUUUGACAAUAUUUGCCAAUUCAUCAAAAAAAUUUUACCUACCGAUAAUUUGUUUACUGAUAAUUUCUACUCUACAAAGAAAUUACUUGAAGGCUUGGGAUUACCAAUUCAGAAGAUUCAUAGUUGCUUAAAUGGUUAUAUGAUUUAUUGGGGUGAGGAUAAUGAAUUGCUCAGGUGCAAGGUGUGUGAUCAUCCGAGGUAUAAACGAUUGCGAGAUAGUCAGAGCUCUAGUAAAACCCAAGUUGCUUAUAGUAAAAUGUAUUACAUGCCAAUCACACCUAGACUACAAAGGUUGUACGCAUCUAAUGCUACAGCCAAGGAUAUGACUUGGCACGCCAAUCAUGGGACUGAUGAUGAUUUAAUGCAUCAUCCAUCUGACUCGCAUGCAUGGAAGGUUUUUGAUAACAAUUGGCCUCAUUUCAGUGCUGAGAAACAUAAUGUCCGUCUAGGACUGUGCACCGAUGGUUUUCAACCCUUUGGACAAUCUGGUCAGCAAUAUUCAUCAUGGCCUGUCAUAAUGACACCGUACAACUUACCUCCAUGGUUAUGCAUGAAAGGUGAGUAUAUGUUUCUCACUAUACUUGUCCCAAGGCCUAGAAAUCCAAAAGAUAAGUUGGAUGUGUAUUUACAACCCCUAGUAACUGAGCUGAAAGAUUUAUGGGAUAAUGGAGUUGAAACAUAUGAUGCAUUCAAUAAAGAAAAUUUCAACUUGCGAGCUUCUUUACUGUGGACUAUAAGUGAUUUUCCUGCUUAUGCUAUGCUAUCUGGAUGGAGCACUACAGGACGGACCGCUUGUCCUUAUUGCAUGGAAGAUAGUGAUGCGUUCACAUUGACAAGAGGAGAUGAAGAUGCAUUUGAAAUAAAUUCCCGUCUAUCAAAGCAAUGCGGUUGGAGAAAAAGAAGUAUCUUCUGGGAUUUACCGUAUUGGAAAAGUAAUUUGAUUCGGCACAACUUUGAUGUAAUGCACAUUGAGAAAAAUUUCUUUGAAAAUAUAAUCAACACUGUAAUGAGUGUUGAGGGAAAGACAAAGGAUAAUGCUAAGUCAAGGGCAGACCUAAAUGUGAUAUGCAAUCGGCCAGAAUUGGAAAUGGAUCAAGUCACUGGGAGAUAUCCAAAAGCUUGUUAUACUCUAGAUAAGCAAACGGAUUAUGCCAAUUGCAUUUCGUGA